AUGUCCAAAAGAAGUCAACGAAUUGUAAAUAGCUCUUUAUUAAAGAAGAAUAAAACAUCGAAAUCGAUAGCUUUGGACAAACCAAAUGCAAGCCAUGAAUACAAGUUUUUCAAACCCAGACAACUGUUUAAGUCAGCUACUUCUGGAGUUGAUAAGAACAAUGAAGUGAUUUUAAAUAUACAGCCAACUCAGUCUUUAUUAGCAAAACAAAAUGUUUCUCAAAACAAUGAAGUGAUUUUAAGCCAAAUGAUACAGCCAACUCAGUCUUUAUUAGCAAAGCAAAAUGUUUCUCCAAACAAUGAAGUGAUUUUAAGCCAAAUAAUAGAGCCAAAUCAGUCUUUAUUAGAAUUACAAAAUGUUUUUGAAAACAAUGAAGUGAUUUUAAGCCAAAUGAUAGAGCCAAAUCAGUCUUUAUUAGAAUUACAAAAUGUUUCUGAAGUGAGUUACAUAGUUGAAUAUUUCACUUAA